AUAGUCGCACCCCCCACUCAUAACAAAACAAAGAACAGCUGUUGUGCGUUGAGCAAACUCUCAAGGAUAACAAAGGAAGUUGUUUGACGCAGUUUAUUUUAUUUGAACUUUUUUUGAGGGCGAGCAGAAGUGAAAAGGUCCGUCGAUUUCCCAGUUUCCUUUUUUUUUAAUAAAAGGGAAAAAUGCUCGAGCUGGAGGUGAUGCCAGAAAGGUCCCUAGGAUGCGAACAAUGGGAAUUCAUUCUAGGGAUGCAUUUCUCCCAAGCUGUUUUGAUCCUCCAGUCGCAGGUUGGCGUCAUAAAGGGUAUUCAAGUGAUUUAUUCAGACUCGAACCCCCUGAGCAAAGACCUUGAAAUCGAUCUGACGCAGGAUGGCAUCCGGCUCAAGUUUGACCCGAUCAGCCAGCGUCUCAAGACAAUUGAAGUCUACAACCUCAAACUCGUAAAGCUCAAAUACUGUGGUAUGUUGUUUAACUCGACUGACGUUCUGCCUACGAUGGACCAGAUUGAACACUCAUUUGGUGCCACGUUACCCGGUUAUUUUUCUCCCACCUCUGACGAUUACAUAGUUUACUUCAGGGGUGUUUCGUUCUAUUUUCCUGUGCAGAAAUUUCAGGGAGAAGAAGGCAAUAAAACGGUCCCAAUGCUCUGGGUUGGUCUCAUGACUAUUUACACAGGAAGUUCAGAAAGGUGUGAUGAAAUAGCACCUCUUCCGCUUUCUUGCUACCAAGGCCAGGUUUAUCUUUAUAGAAUCGGCGUCUUAAAGGAAGGCCGAGGACGUCUCCGCCUUUGCUUGUACACGACAGGUGCGACAAGGUCUCUUGAGCCGAAAAAAGAGAAUCUCACGCGUACCAUUGCACUAGGCGAGUGUUGCCAAGCGGUCGCAACCAGCAUCGGUGCACCGAACCGAGUCUUCUUCAAGUCCGAAGACAAAAUGAGGAUCCAUUCGCCUUCGAAUCAACGCCGCGCCGCCGAAAAGUCUUCCGAUUACUUUUUCAACUAUUUCACCCUGGGAUUUGACGUACUUUUCGACGCUAAGACUCAGAAGGCUAAAAAAUUCAUUCUACACACUAAUUACCCUGGUCAUUAUAACUUCAACAUGUACCACAGAUGUGAGUUUUUAAUAAAUCUUCCUGUGGAUCGAGCACCCGAAGGUGAAUCAUCAACAAUACAGGUCACGGCGUAUACAAAAUGGGAUGCCAUUUCUGACCAACUCGAUGCCAGCCCAAGACCAGUUGUCCUCAACCGCGCUUCGUCUAUCAAUACAAAAAACUUUUUUGGCGCUACUCGAUGCUAUGGAUACCGUGAUUACAUUUUUGAAGUCAUGCCCAACCAGCACAUUGCAUCAGUUACCAUAUACCAAGAAGAUGCUAUCUAAGUGAAACGAUUGUAUAUUUUUUGUAUAUAGUAUUUUAUGUAUAUAAUGAUUUUUUAACUUUGACACCAAAAUCUUGAUCUAACUCAAAAAUAAAGUGUUUAUAAUUAUUGUACAUUCAGAACAAUCUGGUCCAACCUGUAGGUCAAAAUUUAAAAAAAAAAUAUAGGUAUUAAUGAAGUCAAACAUA